AUGAUGCCCCGCAUGGGACCCCCGAGAGAGAAUCCACUGCACGUGUCCUUCCGGAAUCCACAAUGGCCGCCCAACUUCAUCAACAAGGACAAUGUUCUGGAUUAUUUCUGCAAUCAGGCGAACGCCUUCUACGAAAUGAACUCGUGCAAUCAGCAGAUUCGGAUGCAGAACAUCACGAACCGGACGGUGGAAGAGUGUCUGCGGACGAUGCAGGGAAUUCAGUACGUGCUCUGGUAUUCACAGCCGCCCCUCUUCAUCAUUUGCAAACAGAGACGCAACAACAUCACCAACGGUAAGUGGGCCACUCGAAAUCAUCAAAAAUUUUCAUUUUCCAGUCAGUCCCAUCUCGUAUUUCUACGUGAUCAAUGGAAGUGUUCAUCAGGCUCCCGACAUGUUCAGCCUCAUUCAGUCCCGACUGCUCGGAGCACUUGAACCACUUCGCAAUGCGUUUCAGGAGGUGACCAACUAUUCUCGGUACAACACGGCGAAAGGGUAUUAUUGGGAGUUCAAAGGGAAAUCGAACGUGAAAAAAAGGGAAGAGGACAAGGUUCGAAUAAUGUCACUGUUCCUGCAAAAACAUUGUAUUUUCAGAAAGAAGACGAGGAAGAGAAACCAGAGGAGAGAAGUACGAACUUCCAGAAGACUCGCACUCUGAUGCUUCUGAAUCAACUGUUCGAAGAAAUGCCACAGGACGAAGCUCUGGAAAAAGAAGAGGAAGAAGAAGAUGAGCCGAAAGCGUCGGAACCAUCUACUUCCACCGCCACCCCUCCCACUGCUCUUUCCGCUGCCCCUCCCGCAGAACCCCGAUUCGCUGAGCCGGCAGGAAGACCAGUUGCGCGGCAGUCAUGA